GAGGAACGGAAAAUCUGUGAGUUUCCCUUUCGAGAAAAGUUGGAAUCUCUUCGGCUCCUCAGUCUUUCUUUGGCCUUCGUCGGAAACGAAGUCAGCCGAACAGUGAGUGGAAGGUGUGAGUCUUCGCUAUAAGGACUGCAGAAUGUUGUGGGCGGCGAAAUAUGUUUUAUGCGCUCUGACAUGCGUUGCAUUUGCUGCAGCUAUUCCCCGAAAUGAGCGCCGAAGGCGGAUACUGGAGAUUGUUGAGGAGAAAAAUGUGCCCACCGGUCUGGUCGCCUCCCUUGACAUGAGCUGUGCGGAGCACAAGAUCAUGCCCCCGCAGAUCAGUCACGGACGCGUAGUUAACUUUGAGAGGCGCCGCAACGGCGAGAAGGUCUUCCUGGUGGCGUACUACUCCUGCAAUUCCAACUACCAGUUCGAGAAGGUCGAUGACACAAUGAUGUUCUGUUCACACGGGAACUGGGUGGGCAACAUACCCACCUGUCUGCCCCUGGUGGACUAUACUGGUGACUUGGGCGAGGGCGACGGUGAGGGCGAUGAUGAUGGCGAGUUCGAAGAGUACGAUGUUGUGGAAAACAACGAAGAUAACGAGCCUGAAGACUAUGAGGAUGAGGCGUUACCGGUCUUAAGUGAGAAUGAGCCUCCUCUGCCACCACCACCACCGGUCACGGAUGAAACUAGCUCCUCUGCUGGAAACCCCAAGCCUGAACCAGAAAUUGUAAUCCAAAUCGGUGAGAGCGGUAUGUCCGAACCUGAUGCUGAAGUUCUAGGAUCCAAAGUUGAAUCAAUCGACGAGUCUGAAGUCCUUACCCACCAGGAAUCGGAGGUUAAAUCUGUCCAAAAAAAUGCCGAGCAAGAGGACCCGAUUCCGGAAACAACCUCUCAGAAAGUUGAUGAGAAACCCAGCAAGGAUCCCUAUGAACCCACUUUAUUGGGCCAUGAUUGUGGUCAGGAUAACGCCGGUUGUGCGCAAAUCUGUAAGAAGUUGCUCUAUCCAGAUGAAAACGAACCCGUGUACAAGUGCGACUGCAAGGAGGGCUACACCUUGGAUCUCAACGACUAUACCAGUUGUCUUGAUAUUGACGAGUGCCAGGAAUCGAAUGGCGGCUGCUCGGAAAUCUGCAAUAACCUGCCAGGAGGCUUCGAAUGCGCCUGCCAAGCCGGCUAUCAACUAGAUCCUUCAACAGGAAACACAUGCGUGGAUAUUGAUGAAUGUGCCAAUCCCGGACUGUCAUCGGACUGUGAGUCUGGCUGUGAAAACCUGCCUGGAUCCUAUCGCUGUGUGGUGCCAUUGGUGACCAAAUCCGAAGCCAAAGAAGAAGCUGACCAGGAAGCUACGAAAGAAGCCCCGGGAGAAGUGAAGAAACCGGAAGAGCCGAAGGAAGAAGUUGAGGAAGUAUCCGUAGUGGUGCAGACAUCGGAGAAUCCUCCUGUGAAGCCGACCUGUAACCCAGGCUUUGAACUAUCCGCCGAUGGCAGUGAGUGUCUGGAUAUCGAUGAGUGUCAAAGAGAUGAUGUGUCCUGCCAGCACAAGUGCGAAAAUACGAUUGGCUCCUUCACGUGCUACUGCCUCGAAGGCUUCCAUCUUCUCGAGGACCAACUGAGCUGUGCCCUGGAUGGCUGUGCCGAUCUGGACAAUCCCCACUUGAACCGCACCAGGUGCGCCCAUGUGUGCGAGGAUAUCCGGGAGGGUGGCUACCAGUGCAAGUGUCCCAAGGGCUACUACCUUGGCGCUGAUCAGCAUUCGUGUGAGGUCGCGGAAACCGCUUGCUCCCAGCAGCAGGGGCACGAGAAGUGUGCUCCCGGAACCUGUUUGUCCAGCGAGGAUAAUACCAGCUUCGUUUGCGAGUGCCCGGUGGGUUACCGGAACGAUGAGGACAACCAGGGCUGCCAGGACAUCGAUGAGUGCGCGGAGGAGUCGCACCUGUGCAGCCACAAUUGCCAGAACACGCCCGGUGGCUAUGAGUGUGUGUGUCCCGAAGGACUCAACCUGGUCGAGCAGUAUACCUGCGUGGCCGAGGAUCGCUGCGAGGUAAACAACAACGGCUGUGAACAGAUCUGCCUGACUGCCCGUGGCGGAGCCUGUUCCUGCAGCGAAGGAUUCCGCCUGAGCUCCGAUGGCAAGAGCUGUCUGGACAUCGACGAGUGCCAGGUGAAGAACGGUGGCUGCCAGCAGGUGUGCCGCAAUCUUCCAGGUUCGUAUGGGUGUGUCUGUGCUCCGGGCUAUGAGCUCCUGAAACUAGACGGCUUGCGUGGCUAUUGCUUUGACAUCGACGAGUGCUCCAGGGGCAUUCAUACUUGCGAGGAAGACCUGCUUUGCGAGAACCUCAAUGGUUCGUACACCUGCCUCUGCCCGCCGGGAUAUGCUUUGGGCCUGGACAAUCACAUUGACAUCCAAUCACAAUCACCUAACAACACAUCCUCACAAGAAUCACUUUCAUUCGAUCGCUCCUGCUUGGACAUUGAUGAAUGUUCCUUGGCCAAUGGCAACUGCUCCCAUUUCUGUCAAAAUCAGCCCGGUGGCUUUCAGUGCCUCUGUCCUCUGGGCUAUGUGCUGUCCGCCGAUAUGCGCACUUGCCAGGAUAUCGACGAGUGCCUGGACAACAAUGGCCAGUGUACGCAGCUUUGCUUGAAUCAACCCGGUGGCUUCGCCUGCUCCUGCCAGUCGGGCUAUGAACUGAGCCCCGAUGGCUUCGGCUGCUCCGACAUCGAUGAGUGUUCCCAGAACUAUGGAAACUGUAGCGACAUCUGCAUCAAUCUUCUAGGUACUCAUGCCUGCGCCUGUGAUCGUGGCUACGAGCUGUCUAAGGACGGAAAGUCCUGCCAAGAUGUUGACGAGUGCGCCGGCCUGCUCUCGGGUGGCUGCACUCAUGAGUGCAUCAACAAGGAGGGUUCCUUCGAGUGUGGCUGUCCUGUGGGCUAUAAUCUCGACGACGACGGACGCAGCUGCCGUCCUGCCUUGGUGGGCUGUCCUCCGGGCAGUAAGAGGACCUCUUCCGGCUGUGAACCCAUUGACUGUGAGCCAGGCUUCAUCCUGGGAACGGACGACAGGUGCGAGGACAUCGACGAGUGCCAGGCGAAGAAUGGUGGCUGCUCACAUCGCUGCGAAAACAGCGAAGGAUCUUUUAAGUGCAGCUGUCUGCCAGGAUUCGAACUGGACGAAGAUCAAAGGACCUGCCAGGAUGUGGACGAGUGUGCCACGGACAAAAACAGCUGCCAGGCCGGAAAAUGUGUCAACGAAAUUGGCGGCUUCCGUUGCGAAUUCCCGUCCAUCAUCGAUAUACCAGAAGUGCCAGUCGCGCCAAAGGAACCAAAAACUCCCACAAUGCCUUCGCUGCCAGAGUGGCCAACAUACCCAGAUACUCAGAUUUCGAAUGAAAUCCCUAAGGAGCCCAAGUUUCCCUCCUUCCCGGCUCUGCCAAAGUAUCCUGUCGAAGCACCUAAAUUCCCCUCCUUUAACAUUCUUCCAAAAUCGAAUCCUACACUCCCCAAGUUCCCUGAGGCUCCCAAGAAUCCAUGGAUUAACCAGUUCCAGCCUAGGGAUCUCUGUCCAGAGUUCCAAGCUCCACCAAACAGUAGGGCCCGGUGCAACAAGUAUCGCCAGAAGAAGAAGCAAUUCUACAACAGCCGCUGCCGGAUAACUUGUAAUUCUGGCUACGUCCUCCAGGGUCCAGAGCUGAGAACCUGCGGAGCUUCUGGUAUUUGGGAUGGUCCGGAAACCAAGUGUGUGGCUCUGAAUCAGUCGCCUCUUCAAACUAAUGGACUCUGCGGCGCCUUGAAACCAGCUCUAAAUGGAGUCAUCUCUCCGGCCAGUUGCACCCAAGGAUCUUCCCAACAAGGUGACGUUUGCACUUUGCAGUGCAAUCCUGGAUUCUAUCCCACUGGAUCCGGAAUGUCCGUCUGCUCGAUGUUUGGUGGUUGGACCUUUGGUGAGGAUCUGAACUGCCAGUCGGACCCCUUUGGCACCACUUUCAUGGGCAAUCGGUUAUCCUGGAUGCCUUCUGGCAGCCUUCCUGCUCAGUCCCUUCCGAAACUCGCACCCGUUCGAACUCAAGUUCAAAGGGCAAGACCGUACAUUAAGUGCCCAGAAGAUGUGGUUAUUCUUUUGCAUGCUGGCGAACAAAAGGCUCACGUGACUCUGCAGAGCCCGGCAACAAAUGUGGAUAAGCGUUAUUUGCAGGCCCAGCCUUCUUGGGCUGGGAGGCUGGAAGGACAUCUGCCAGCCGGAAUUCACAAGGCCCGCUUCAGGGUUCAGGAUCCAAAGACCAAGCUAUCAGCUAGUUGUGAGACAAUUAUCACCGUAAAGGCAGCUUCCAGGCCAGUCUCGAAUCCCUUCAGCUUCUCCUCGGGACGUCUGGAAUUUCCACGAUCAUCGUUUUCUGAACCUGUUCCCUUGUCCACAUUUUCCUCCUUUCCCACAUUUCCCACAAGGAGUUCUGCCUCCUUUCCCAAAUUUGAUUUCCCAGCACCGGCUCCCAAGCCAGUGUCUUUUCCCGAAUUUUCCACACAUAGUUCCCUCCGAAAACUGGAGCUUCCCAGUCUCUCCGACACCGCUCCUCAACAAUCCGCCAAGCUGGUGGUCAGUCAGACUCCACUUCGAGAGAGUACUCGGAUAGACUUGGGUUCGGACACCACAAACUUCUGUCCUCCAUCGAUCGAGGUCACUUUAAAGGAGCACCAGAAUCUGCGGUCCGUGAUUUGGGAAGAGCCCCGCUUUAAUGGCAAACUGCUCAAGAUCUACAAGUCUCAUUUUCCUGGUGCCCUGUUUAAAUUGGGAGAUCAUCAGGUUACUUACGAGGCCACCACAACGGAUGGAGUCGUCCUAAGCUGCAAAUUCCAUAUUUUUGUUCGGGCUGCCAAGCCCACUCCUCCGCCCGCCAAGCUCGAACUUGAUUUCGAUUCCGAAGCCAAGUCCAGUUCCGCGCCAGCUGAGUUGCGUCAACUGGAGGACAACGAAACCUAUGUCAUCUGCCCCGGCAAGGAGCCCGUCCGGGUGACGGCCGAGCAAUCCGCCGACCUGCCCGUGGGCUGUAGUGUGAAGAUCGUGCGCCCGCAAUCGAGUCCCCAGAGGCAACUGAAACGCGCCAAGCUCACCUCGCUCUGGCGUCCACCGACUAUUUUCUAAAAAUAUGUACCUAUAUGGUGUUUGUAAACUAUAUAGCAUAAUAAUCACUAUUGAGGCAGUUUAAUCUGCCGGCCAGUGAACUAUUCGAUGCGCAAUUUAUACAAAUAUUUUUGUACGACUUUUAUAUGCAUAAUUUAAAUAAAUAUUUUUAAAGAA